GUUCGUCGCUCUCGAUUUUUCUCCACAAGCCAUUUAACGAGCUUUAAUUCCGUCCCCUAAGAAUAGGGUUUCUCGUCGUUUCACCGAAUCUCGAAUCUCACGUUGCAGCCAUGAUUUCCGAUUCAAUCCCCAAAGCUUCGAUCCCCAUGUGUUCUGCUAACCCUAAAGAUUUAGCAAAGAAAAAGAGGGCUCAUCGUUCGGCCAAGUUGAAGCAGUACAAGCUCGAUGCCCGGCGUGAACAGUGGCUUUCACAAGUGAAGAAUAAGGGAACAAAGGAGGAGCUGAAUUGUCAAGGUGGGACUUGUGGCAGUGUGAAAGAAGAUGUGAAUAAAAUGGCUAGAUCCAUAGACAAUUUAAAGAUAAAUCCUCAGACUGUGGAAGAAGAUAAUGAAGGCUCCUUUAACAAUUACAGUGAUUUGGACUCUCCUGCAAACAGCCCAACCAACCAAUCGAGUAGCGACUUGGGUGGAAACUAUUCCAGUACAAACUUCAGUGGUAGCAGCAGCGGCAGUAGCAGCAGCAGCCAAUGUUGGUCGGGCAAUAUGAGCGAAGAAGAAGAUGAAGAACAUGAUGGUUGUCUAGAUGAUUGGGAGGCCAUAGCAGAUGCUUUGGCGGUUACAGAUAAGAAGCAUGGAGAUGAGCAGAGUCCUUGUUUGGGCAUGCAUGGAAAUGCUGUUCAAUCAGGUUCAGACCAGCCAGUGUUGUCCGGUGUAGAUAAAUCGAAGGCAAAAGGCAGAGCCUGGAGGCCUGAUGACGCCUUUCGUCCUCAGAGUCUGCCCAAUCUGUCCAAACAGUAUAGUUUCCCCACGAAUGCAGAGCGGCUUUACCAUUGCGGAGGGUCUGUUUGGGGUAACUUAUCGUCAGCACCGACAUCUUGUCCUAUAUGCUGUGAAGAUUUGGAUCUCACGGACACGAGUUUUCUCCCCUGUACUUGUGGGUUUAGGCUGUGUCUCUUCUGCCACAAGAGGAUUCUUGAGGAGGAUGGGCGGUGUCCUGGUUGCAGGAAGCAGUAUGAUGAAAACAAUAGCAGCCUAUCAUCAUUUCGGCUGGCUCGUUCAUGUAGUAUGAUCUCAAGGUCCUAAGCAAGGAAGAAUCAUAAUGCGUGUUAGUUCCUUAUUUUUCCCUUUUUACAUAAUUGUGUGGGUGUUCUUACUCUCUUCGACUCUUUCAAAGUAGACCACUAGGACAUUAUAAAAGGAAGAAUGAUCAUUCUGUGGAGUUGUUCUGAUUCCCUUAUGAUGAUGAUGUGUAUGGUGCAUGCAGGGUAUUAUAGAAAGAGGGUUGCUUAUGGGAGUAGGGUAUGUUGGUGGUAUAGAGAAAAUUCAAUAUGUGAAAUUUGUUGACUGUAAUAAAGUUCUCUUUGUUAGUUUGCAGAAACUUAUCAAUAAUGAAUGAUUAUACAUCA